AUGGACAAGGCCCAUCUUUCGAGCACUAAUGACAUCAUAAUGACGAGCUCAACAGGCCCCUACCAGCAGGAACCCCUGACACCACCCAGACCCGCCCAUCUCCACUCCUCAUCCUCCUCCUUAUCCUCUCCCUCGCCGUCCUCUUCUUCCUCACCCCUCAAGCCAAACCAGGUUGGCCAGGUCAUCCUAUACGGCGUUCCCAUUGUAUCGCUGGUCAUUGAUCACAAUGAGAGACUUUGCCUGGCACAGAUUUCCAACACACUCCUCAAGAACUACAGUUACAAUGAGAUUCAUAAUCGUCGCGUGGCGCUUGGCAUCACCUGCGUCCAGUGCACUCCGGUUCAGUUGGAGAUUCUUCGUCGGGCCGGCGCCAUGCCCAUCUCGUCACGCCGUUGUGGCAUGAUCACAAAGCGUGAGGCCGAACGCCUCUGCAAGUCCUUCCUGGGAGAGAACGCACCACCAAAACUGCCCGACAACUUUGCCUUUGACGUGACACAUGAGUGCGCCUGGGGUUCCCGUGGUAACUUCAUCCCGGCACGCUACAACAGCUCCAGGGCCAAAUGCAUCAAGUGCUCCUUGUGCAACAUGUACUUCUCCCCAAAUAAAUUCAUUUUCCAUUCUCACCGCACACCAGAUGCCAAGUACACCCAACCUGACGCUGCCAACUUUAACUCCUGGCGACGUCACCUCAAACUCUCUGACAAACACCCAGCUGAUGAGUUAGUCUUCGCAUGGGAAGACGUCAAAGCUAUGUUCAAUGGAGGCAGCAGGAAGAGAGCGCUGCCCUCUUCAUCCCAUUGUUCCUCCAUGAGUUCUAUGAAGAAUCUCUCAGGUUCGGUUCACAUGAUGGGCCCUGACUUGGGUGCUCAAAAAAGAGCCCGCUUUGAAGACGACGAUGAUCUAGAUGGGGGCAGUCUGUCUCCCCGUAAGACACAACGUAGCUACCCUGUCAUCCCUGUCCCAAGUAAAGGUUUUGGCAUGCUGCAGAAGUUCCCUCCAACGUCGCUCUUCCCCUCGCCGUAUCCCUUCCCAGCAUUUGGCCUAUGCCAGCAGAAAAAAGAUGACAGUGAUGUUUCAGGUGGGCAGAAAGGAGCUGGGUUAUCGGGUCUGUUAUGGCCUGGCCGCAAAGACACUUUUUAUCCUCCUUUCUGUAUGUUUUGGCCACCAAGAGCCGCGGGAGGAAUCCCUGUCCCCACCUACCUCCAGCCUCAGCCCAGCGCCCUCUCCUCCCUGGCAGACAACCCCUCUCUCAGACAGGCCUUUUUGGAUCUCUCAGACCCCAGUGAGCCCGGAACUGUAGCUGGCAACGGAAAUAGUGUCAGUGCAACCAUGGCCCCCGGCAGCGGUACUACAGCAGCCAGAUCCGGGCUCUUUGACCCAGAGUGCACAACAGUAACGCCUGACCUUCGCCCUGUGACGUCAGAGGGCUGGCUCAAACUCCUCGACACCCCAGCCCUCCAAACCAGGAAGCCGAGCUACGGCUCUGCCUUCCGACCCGUCAUUAAGGACACGGAGAGCAUCGCCAAGCUCCAUAGCAACGGUGGAGUCGCCACUGGGGCAACAGAUGAGGACUUUGGGGUCGUAGUCGCCAGAUCAGAUCGCCACCAGCGGCUAUCGCCCAGCAGCAGCUGUAGUUACGGAAGUGAAAGUGGAGGCGAUGGAGAAGUGGAGGGAGUGGAGAGUGAGGAGGAGGGGGAAGUGGACGUGGAGUCGUCAAAGCAGGAAGACGAGGAAGAGGAAGGGAGCUUCACAAGCAGGCCGCCACAGACUCAAACCAACCUGUUCCUCCCUGCGUUGAGCGACAGUCAUGGAGAGGAGAGGGGGAAGGAGAGAGGGAGUGGCGCGGUGUACACCAGCACCUCCCCUCCCUCCUCCUCGGACCCCAUCCUGCAGGAGUCCUCCAGCCUGCCUGCCUCCCCUACUGCUAGCCUGCCUCUCUCCGGCUCCACCCCGCCUCACCGAGAGGACCCAGCUUACAAAAACGUUCACAAAAAUAGAGACGAAGGACUACCUGUGUACGCAACCAAAGACAACUCCAGCAUUUCUGAUGAAAACAAAGAGCAGAAUAGUUUUUUUGUACCAGAGAGUGAGACCUCAGCGCCCGACUACUGGAGGGAAAGCUCAGGUGAUCAAAGCCAAGGUGCUACCUCUCCUGUGCCGCUAAAGAAGGACGUCGAGAACAUGGAGAAAGAGGAGCUCCAGAAGGUUCUGCUGGAGCAGAUCGACUUCAGGAGGAGACUGGAGCAAGAGUUUCACGCUCUGAAGGGCACCUCGCCAUUUCCUGUCUUCCAUAAUUUCCAAGACCAGAUGAAACGAGAGCUCGCCUACAGAGAAGAGAUGGUCCAACAGUUACAGAUGAUUCCCUACGCAAACAUCAUCAGAAAAGAAAAGAUCAGCUCCCAUCUCAACAAAUAGCUAAAAGAGUCAACAAAAGCCCAUGUGAGAGGAAGAAGCUGCC